AUGCAGGCAGUCUUCGGCACCGCCGCUCCGCAGCAGCACGGCCAAUCACCUCUUGCGGGGCACUCGGGCCUUCCACGCAGCUCUGGGGCGCUCUGCAUGUCGGCGGGGUCCACCCCCGUGCCCUCGGGCCGCCGCGCAGACGCGGCGCCCGAGAGGCUCACCUCUGCGGCGGCGGCAGGCGGCGCGCCGUGGGCGGAACCGCUGGGGCGGGUUCACAUGUGGCCCCCUACUUCUGGCUCUGGGGUGGGCGUUGCGCCCAACAGGAUUCCGGCGGGGUACUGGGACUGCUCGCCGUCGCCGAUGUGCGGCCCACCAGACAGCGUGCAGUGCGGCCGCAGCGUGCACGACCGCCGCGCAGUGGCGCCGCCGGAGCUCGUCCGCAACGGUGGCGAGGAGGAGACGGAGGACUUCCCGUCGAAGCUGCUCCUCUGGCCCGACACGGACGACGAGGGCGAACCCGAGGUCAAGUUUGCGUGGGAACUCUGGCCAGUCCAGGCCGCCGAGGCGCACCGCCCGUGCGCCCGCGCCCCACCGGCGGCGGUUGGGCAGGCGUGGGCACCGCCGGGCCCCGGCGGCUCCGUGGAGCACACCUCGGCACCGCACUCCUGCGAGGGCAGGCGGCAGGCGGCGGGCCCGGCCGCGCCGCCGGUGAGUGCGCGGCGCCCACCGGGCGUCCACGCCGCCCCGGUGGCCAGGCAGGCCGUGGCAGCUCCAGCGACGGCCGCCGGGGCACUGCCGCCGGGCAUCCGCGGGGUCCCGGCGGCCCAGGAGGCCGGGGCCGCUGCUGCGGCCAGGGGCGUGGCGGCAGCCGCUGCCCCCGUGGCGCCCCCCACGGCCCAGGAGAUGCGUGCCCGCGCUGCCCAGGAGUGGAAGGAAAGCCGGACGGCUCGCCGCGCCAACCAGCCCAGGAUCACCACCCUGGUGGUGCGCAAUGUGCCCGUCUUCAUCUCCCAGCAGGACUUCAUCGACGAGGUCAACCGCAGUGGGUUCGUGGAGAAGUACGACUUCAUCUGGCUCCCGAGAGAUUUCAAGGACGGUUCUGGGAGAGGCCUCGCAUUCAGAAAUUUCAAGAGUGUGGCGGCGGCCAGCGCCUUUGCGGUCGCGUGGCACCGCUCCAGUCGCUUCAGCACCACUGACGAGGCCAGCUUGAAGGUUCGUCUCAACGUGUCCAACGCUGAUCUGCAGGGCUUGGAGGCUAACAUGCGCAAGUGGACUUGCGCACGGAUGGCGCGCGUCAAGAAUCCAAGUUUCUUGCCUUUUUGUCCUUAGGGAAGCAUGGCCAGAGCUGUGCGCCGCAGGACCCAAAGCCUCAGAGCCUGACGUUAUCGCCGCGACGGAGCCCCGCCGAGUCCACAGUGCUGCCGCCAGCUGCAUCCAUAUGUGUGUGUGUGUGUGUGUCAUUGCUUGUUCAAGUUCCGUGUCGUGAGCUGGCGUAACGGGAUGUCUCAACACGGGAAGCAUACAUCGCCACCUCAACGCUAGGAUUGUCGACGCCACAGUUCCUUUGUCCGUGGCACUUCGUGCGCCAGGGCCACGUGUCUGUCUUCGUGGUCACUCUCGUGUGCAGGUGAGCCAGUGCCGUCAUACAAUGCGUCAGAGGUGCGUCGUUGCCUCGACAUGCUAGUUGUACCAGCUGCCUAUAAUACUCUAUCAAGCUGGUAUUUAUAUCAGCUUUCCAUCUGUGCUGGAUGAUUCGGCCCAUCGCAUUCAUCCUGCCUCCGAAUCUUUCUCCCUAAUGGUACCUCUCAGCGCUUGCACAGGAUGGGCCCUCUUGUGUUCAGACUCGCAGAGCCGUUCCAGCAGCGAGUAGGAUCUGAUGCUUCCUCGCUGGCCCUGAGGCCCCACAACCACCCCUGCGAGCACGCCAGUUGUGAUCCGCGAGGAGGCCCUCUGGAUCCCGUGAGGUUCGCAGGAACGGGCGCAAGCGGUCGACUACGGGAGUCAGAGUCUCGCCAUUUGGGGAGGGGCUGCUCGGGAAGCAGAGCUGUAUUUUUCCUGCCGUGGUACUGCAGCCACGCCUACGCUUCGGCGCACGACCAGGCGCCGGGGCUCCGCGCCCGCCGGCGAUCCUGGCCAGCGGACAUCCCUGGAGGCACCCCGAGGGGCCCGACGCGCCUCGCAGGCGCUCUUGCCCUCUCUUGGGGCCGCCUCUCCCCGCCAGGCGGCGGACGCGGCAGGGGACCUCGUUGGGCGGCGCCGCAGCAGCCCCGGUCUCUCGCUCCAGGGAAGGGGGG